CGGGUUACUCUGCGAAAUGAAUCGCGAGAGACUGCCGUUGCUCCUCAGAGAGGCGAACUCGAACUUGUCGCUUCUGUUCGCCACGUUAUGCGUCAUCGACAUAUUCGGCGUAUUUCCGAUCAUCGCGUUGCCGCGCGCAAUCGUCGAGUGCGGUAAGUUUACUCGUCAAUUGUUUCUUCUUCUUCUCCGUUUUUUUUCUUUUUCUUUCCGCGACGCUGCUGAGUUGCCAAUCCAAAAGUUAAUGUUCGACGAUAUUUUUAAUUAAUCACGCCGAGACUUUUGUGAAUAUUCUUUCAUUACGUUAGCUUAGUUGUUAGUUUUAAGGCGCCUGGUAUGUAUUGCCGGGGAUUUAUUUUAUAAACUAUAAUAUAUAUGUGUAUAUAAAUACACACAGGUACAGACACACACAUACACACGUACACGUACACAUACACGAGCAUAUAGUCGAUUGAUUAUACGGGAUUCCCCUCGUUUUCGUUGUGUUCGGUUUGCAAAUUUACACAGCGGUUCUCCUUGGGAAAUCAUGGAUGAUUGCGACUACUCUAGAUCCACAAAUAUCACGAAAAAAUCGACACCCUCUUGCUGCUGUGACUGAAUUAACUUUAGGUACUCGGGCGAGGACUUUAGUCACUAUAAUUCUAGAUCUUACUGUGUUCGGUUGCAGUAUACCUAACUUAUUGGUUGCUUCGCAAAAUUUACAAUUGUUUGGAUCCAGAAUAUCAGGACAACGAUUCGAUCUGUCUUUCUGCUAUUGGCUUCUAGUUGUGGGUGUACUUUUAUGUCCAAUUAUGUGGCUUGGAAGUCCACGUGAUAUGAAAAUAUUGGCAACGUUUUCCUGUAUGGCAGUCUUGUUAACAGCGAUGUUGAUAUGGUGGUGUAUAGUUGCUGAUAAUCGAGAACUGAACACUUUACCAGUGCCUACUUCUCCUUCCUGGGAUAAAUUUAUUUCUGGAUAUGGAAUGCUGGCAUUUCAAUUUGACGUGCAUCCAACAUUAAUGACUGUCCAAGUGGAUAUGCGUCGUCCUCAAGACAUCAACAAAGCUGUUUUAAUUUCUUUCUUGGUGAGCGGUUCACUGUUUGCUGUUACUACUGGUUUAGCUGUCUGGAAAUAUGGUGGUAGUACAACAGCCAAUGUUUUGCAAAUGGUUCCAGGCGAUUUUACUAUGAAUGCAGCUAUACUACUCGCUUCUCUACAAUUAUGUUUCUCUAGUGCUCUUGGUCACUCUGCACUUUUUCAGGAUUUAGAAGAUCAAUGGAAUAUUCAACCAUCUUUUGGAUGGAAACGGUGUGCCGUAAGGUCAGCCAUUAUCUUUCUUGGAGUGGCUGUAGGAGAAACAGUACCAAGGUUCGAUAUUGUAAUGGCGCUCAUUGGAGGAUCUCUAACGGGUCCAUUAGUCUUUGUGCUUCCUCCAUUGGUAUAUUCGAAAAUUAUGGCUUUAAAGAAAAGAUCCAUGCGUACAUCAACGCCUGACGUGUACUCUGGGUCUGAGAGACGUAGAAGCAUUGGAGGAGGCAUCUCAGCGGAUUCAAGAAUACAUUCGAGGUCAAUUUAUUACGGUGUUCUAGGCAUGCCAAAGAAUGACUACCAUCGAUAUUCAUACGUUUAUUACGACGAGCUGGAAGAUGAGUUCGAUGAUAUCGUAGGUUACGAUGACAAUACUGUUAACGUCAGGGAACCUAAUGAACAAUAUUUAAUGACAACAAGGAGGCAUGAUGGCGAACCAGUAUUCAUAGAUGCCAGUCGUUCCUACAGAACCCAUAGAAGAAUAGUUCCUGAGGAAUCAGUACGAAAGACGAUUCUAAAUUGCACUCUUCGAAGAUGGCAUGAUUAUUUUGGUUACCUGAUCGUAUUAUUCGGUAUUGCAGUUACCAUUUCGUCGACGUACAUAAAUAUAAAGAACACGAUACGUUACGUCCAAUUCACACCACCGUGUAUCGUGAAUGCCACUGUUUUACAAAAUCCUGGAUCAAUAUAAAUGUCUUAUUAACGGGAAGCAUUACUGCACACGAUCUUCUGUGUCAUAUUUAUAGUACGUGCACAAUAGCAAGACAGUUUAUAACUGUACACAUUACUAAUUGAAGUUGUGUGAAUAAUUUUUUACAGAACAUAGUAUUACAAUAUUUAUCUUACUAAUUAUUUAAAAAUAAUGUUGGUGAUCAGUGUGAAACAUACUUGACUUUUCUAAUGAAAUUUCAUCAUUUUUUUGA